AUGGCUGCCUCUCUAGCGUCUCGCUCUGGUGCCGGUGCCGUCUACUCCACCGCCUUGGCAGCAGUGGCCGUCGGUCAAGAACCGUCGGCCGUCUGCUCGCAGCCGUCAGUCCGAAAGACGCUCGGCUUUCCAUGCGUUCGCCAAAUCUCGAAUUUCGUUGAGAGCCGAGGUCUUGCGGAUAGAGGAAGCAACACACAGAGACGAAUUGGCCAGCAAUCGUCUCUGCUUUUGGCACAAACCCGAAGGUCGUUUACAGCUCGCCAAGCCGCCUCGUUAACGUGCCGCGCCAGCAGCGGGCUCGAGGCCGUAGCGGAUCCAGUUUCCGCGCAAGGGGAGGCGACACCUGCCGCGCAAAGCGCGCCCGCUUCCCCUGCUGCUGACAUUCACACUGCCGCAAAUGGCGCAGCUAACGGCGCGGCGUCGGUUAACGGGUCGGCUCUUAACGGGUCCGCGUUGGGAGCGGCCAUCAACGGAGCUACUAAUGGCUCCGUGAACGGCUCGGCAAAUGGUUCGGUGAACGGCUCGGCAAAUGGCUCGGUGAACGGCUCAGCAAAUGGCUCGAUGAACGGUUCGGCAAAUGGCUUGGUGAACGGCUCGGUGAACGGCUCGGUGAACGGCUCGGUGAACGGCUCGGCAAACGGCUCGGCAAACGGUUCGGUGAACGGCUCGGCAAACGGGAACGGGUCGAGUGCGGUGGGCGUGCAGUCACUGGAAGUGCCCCUGGGCGAUAUCGACGAGGAGGUAUCCGGUGCCGCUGACGCCGCUAGCCUUGGCGUUGUCACGGAGAGUGCCGACGGAGAGGCGGCGGCGGAGGAUGCGAGCUACUACGAGCCCGCAUUCCAGCUGCUCGCAGCUUCCAAGAUGAUUCCUCACCCCGCUAAGGUGGAGAAGGGCGGGGAGGACGCGGUGCUGGUCAGCGACGUGGGCGCGGGGGUACUUGCGGUCACGGACGGCGUGGGCGGGUGGGCGGAGGAUGGUGUGGAUCCAGCACUCUACUCCAACGAGUUCGUGGGGCACCUGAACGACAUCAUUGAGAACGCGCAGGACCAGGACGACUUGGAGCCCAGGGAGCUUUUGAGAAAAGCCCACAGCAUGACCAAGUCUCCAGGAGCCGCCACUGCAGUGGUGGCAGUGUUUGACGGCGAGUACAGUGUGCUCAACGUGGCCUCUCUGGGCGAUGCAGGCGUGCGGGUGGUGCGGGGCAGCGAGGUGGUGCACAAGACCACGCCCCACGAGCACUUCUUCGACUGCCCCUUCCAGUUCGGCUCUGAAAGCUCCGACUCCGCUGAUGACGCUGAGGUGCUGAGCUUCAGUGUGCAGGAGGGCGACACAGUGGUCAUGGCAUCAGACGGUCUAUUCGACAACGUGUUUGACAAGGACAUCGCCUCCAUUGUCAAAGUCUUCUCCGGCCCCUCGCCCUCACACGUCUCCCGCACCGCGACCGCGCUAGCAGCACUGGCAGCGAAGCAUGCAGGCGACAAGGAGUACAUGGCUCCGUACACCCUAGAGGCCCUUGAACACGGUCGGGAUCUACCCGUGUGGCAGAAAAUGAUGGGGAAGAAGCUUUUGGGCGGCAAGCAGGAUGACAUCAGCGUGGUGGUUGCACGGGUUGUCACAUCCGAGGUUCUCGCACAAGCCGUUUUGGAGCAAGGGCAGGAGAGUGAGACAGAGGAAGAGGAGACGGCCGUAGGGCAAGCAGCAGGGGAGACGGCAGCACAAGAGCAAGCAGAAGCGGCAGCUGCUUAG